CAGCGCGUGAAGCGUGUACGGGUCUGAUAGUGCGCGUAUGACAGAGAGAGAGGGAGAAAGAGAGGAAGAGAGAGAGAGGGAGGGAGAGAGAGAAAAACGAAAAGGCUGAGAGAGCGGAUGAGAGAAAGAAGGGGGAGUGAGAGACCGACACUGACAGAGCUGCUGCUACCGCUGCUGCCACAAGCACUCUGAGAGAGGAAGAGAGGAAGAGAAAGCGUGGCUGCCUCCGUUCACAACCCAGCUGGUGCUGCACACCUCUGCACACACACACGCGCUUGUGUGUUUGUGUAUGUGUUUUUUCUUGUGUGUGUUUGCGCGCGCUGCGUGGCUGCACGCACAUGUUUCUGAAAUAGACACCUGGCCACGGAUUGACUGAUGAGAAACGGCACACUGGUCUGGCGGGUGAGCCCCGGUCUGUUCCACUGCGGGCGAGAGAGGACCGGGCACCUGGCGGCUCCCGCGUGACCUGGCGUGACGCGACGGCUAGGAUGGGCUGCAAUUUGUGCACUUUGCAGAAGAGAGAGGAACACUACAAGCUGCUCUACGAGAUUGCCCAGGUCAAUGGGAAGGACCUGUCUCGUGCCAGCCAUGAGGAGGCGGUGGAGGCCUUCCGCAGUGCCAAGGACCCCAUCGUGGUGCAGGUCCUCAGACGGAACCCUGUGGCACGACCCCAUGGGCCCGCUCAGGAGGUCCAGCUGGUGGACGUGUGCACACAGACAGAGAUCACGUUCGAGCACAUCAUGGCGUUGGCCAAGCUUCGCCCGUCAACACCGCCCGUGCCUGAUAUCUGCCCCUUCCUGCUCUCAGACAGUUGCCAGUCUCUGCACACCGUGGGGCAGGAGUACUACGAUGGCUCUGCGUACCUCUCAAACGUGGGGCAGGAGUACUACGAUGGCUCUGCGUACCUCUCAAACGUGGCGGCGGGCGUCGAGAGGAUGGAUGACUUUGAGUACGAGGAGGUUGAGCUGUGUCGGCUGGUCAGUCAGGAGAAACUUGGCCUGACGCUGUGCUACAGGACAGAUGAUGAGGAUGACAACGCUAUCUACGUCAGUGAGGUUGGUCCAAACAGCAUUGCCGCCAGAGAUGGGCGCAUUCGAGAAGGGGACCGCAUCUUACAGAUAAAUGGUCAGGACGUGCAGGACAGAGAGGAGGCGGUGGUGGCGCUCUCCAGCGAGGACAGCAGGAGCAUCGUGCUGCUGGUGGCCAGACCCGAGCUGCAGCUGGAGGAAGGCUGGUUGGAUGAUGAGCACAGCGAGUUCCUGGAGGAGCUGAAGAUGGAGAUGUUGGAGGAGCAGAGGAGAGAGGAGGAGGAGAUGGACAGAGCUGCUAAGCUACAGGAGCAGCCCUGGAGGAGACUGGAGAGUGACAUCAGCGGCGACACGCCCACCUGUUCCUCCUCGGCCAACCAGGACAAAGACAGCGGCCUGGGCCACGCCCACGUGAGCUCGGAGCAGGAGAUGCUGAGCCACAUCCACAGGAGACUGACCCGGUGCCUGCGGGAGCGUCGGGAGGUGGAGGCGUCCGGCGCGGGGAGCGGUCAGCAGGCGCCCGGUGCGGGGAGCGGUCAGCAGGCGCCCGGCGCGGGGAGCGGUCAGCAGGCGUCCGGCGCGGGGAGCGGUCAGCAGGGGGGCGAGCGCGGGGCCGAGGGCGAGCGUGUCCAGCAGCUGCUGGAGCUCAAAUGCCAGAUCCGCAACAGCGGCGAGUACGACCUGUUCUACAGCCGCAGCAGCACCAUCGAGUGCAGCCGGGCGGAGUCGGGUGGAGGCGUGGGGGGGGGCGAGGGGGUGGAGCGCGAGCUGAGGAUGCUCAACGAGGAGCUGCGCAGCAUCGAGCUGGAGUGCCAGAGCAUCAUGCAGGCGCACCAGCUACGCAAGCGCGACCCCCGGACGCCGCCGCUGGUCAAGGAGCCUGGUCGCGGUGGGGGCAGCCCACGCCGACACCACCAGAGCCAGGUUGGGGGCAGCGGCACGGCCGGCAAGCUGGCCGACAUCAACGAGCACCCGGAGAAGUCGGACAAGGACAACAGCUCGAGCGCCUACAACACUGCGGAGAGCUCGCGCAGCACACCGUUGGCCAUGGACCGCUCGCCCGAGCACUCGCUGCAGCGGCUCGUCAGCCUGACCAACCAGCGCAACCUCUGCAGCACCCUGGCCGCCACCGCCGGACGCUCUCCCUUCUCCCCGUCGUCCACUUCCUGUCCGGCCCGCCGCGCGCCCAGCGGAAGCCCUGACCACAGCAACCCGUCCGAGUCGGAACAGACGCCGCCGCCGGCCGACGAGGAAGCCUCGUCCUCCCCCGGUCACCAGCGCCACCUCGUCCUCUGCUCGCAGCAGCAGCCCCGGCCGGCCGAGCGGUCAUCCCGCAUCCCCUACUUCUCCCCCAGCCACAGCUCACCCCACCGCCACGCCCACAUCCCGGCGCACGCGCGCCACUACCAGAGCUACAUGCACCUGGUCCAGCAGCGGUCAGCCGUGGAGUACGCUCAGAGCCAGCUCAGCCUGUUCAGCAUGUGCCCCGAGCCCCAGGUGCAGCCGGAGCAGACGAGUCCGUCGCUCGACCCCAAGCUGGAGUGGAAGGUGAAGGUGCGCAGUGACGGCACGCGCUACAUCACCAAGCGGCCGGUGCGUGACCGGCUACUGCGCGAGCGCGCGCUCAAGAUCAGCGAGGAGCGCAGCGGGGGAAUGACCACGGACGACGACGCCAUGAGCGAGAUGAAGAUGGGUCGCUACUGGAGCAAGGAGGAGCGCAAGCAGCAGCUGACCCGCGCCAAGGAGCAGCGGCGCCGACGCCAGUUCAUGCAGCGCAGCCGUCUGGAUAGCCUACGCGAGAACCCGCAGAGUGGCGGAGAAGGAUCCGGAACCCCAGGCCCAGCGUCCAGCGGCUCGCCCCGCAAGGAGGUCAACAUCAUUGAGCUCAGCCACCGCAAGAUGAUGAAGAAGCGCAACAAGAAGAUUCUGGACAACUGGAUGACCAUCCAGGAACUGAUGACCCACGGCGCCAAGGCGCCCGAGGGAGCCAAAGUCCACAACGCCUUCCUGUCCGUCACCACUGUAUAGAACACUGGACAAAGCGAAACCAAGACAAGGACAACGGAAACAAACUCUACCCCAUGCGGUAUUAUCUACUUUGCCUCGUUCAAUGUGGCAUUUUUAUGUGGAGAGAAAAGACGCGUAAAGAAAACUAUUUUUCACACUUUGUAACCUGAAUAGCAUUUUAUAAACAAUUUGAAUAACUGUCUCAUUUCAUAUCUCGCAUAUUAUUGUUUCUUUUUCCCUUGCUGUUUUUCAUCUUUCGGAAAUGCUUUUAUAUGAAACUACCAAGCCAAGUGCAUUUUUUGUUUAACCUGUAUGUGACAUUCAACAAUCAUGAUUUUAUUUUUGUACUGUUGCAUUCCAUGAGUAGAGCCGUGUUCCUGGUAGGUAAGGUUUUAAUACGAAUGUAAAACACCACACAACAGCUCUCCUCACUGGUUCAUGGGAAAUGUAGUCUGCUGCAGGGUUUUUAGCAUUCUUUGGACACUGUUUCAUGGGAAAUGUAGUCUGCUGCAGGGUUUUUUUUUUGAACAACUUUGGUACUACUUCGUAUUCAGUACGAUGGCGUGACACAGCAGUACUGUAGGUA